GUUGAUAUUUCUGAUGAGGCGCGCUAUUGGACGCUCGAGAUAGUCAGCUGAUACUGAGCUGUUAUAUGUGUUUUCUGCGUGUCGCUUUAUAAUAAUCUGAUAUUAAUUUAUAAAGACUGUUUUAAAGAUGUCUGGACCAAACGGAGAUCCUGAUGUUUCAGCUGAUGAUGAAAUCGUCGAGGAUGAAGAUGAAUUCAGUGAAGAAGAAUACACAGCCAUCGACUCCAUGCUGGACCAGAUCAACUCCUGUCUGGACCACAUCGAGGAGAGAAACCAGGCUCUGAACGGAAAACUGCACGAGCUGCUGGAGUCCAACAGAGAGGCUCGGAGAGAGUUCAGAGAACAGCAUCCUCCUGAUGAAGAGCCAGAGUCCACUGAAGACUAGAGGAACCAAUCUCGAAUAUGUGUGGAAAUGUACUUAUGUCUGUCUAAACUGUGCUGUAUUAGAUUAAAGCCUCGAAUGGCUUAUUACUUUCAUACGAGUUAUUAUAGUGAGCUAUAAAUAUAAAAGCUUUAGGGAUGCAACACUACAGUUCAAUUCGUACCUCGGUUUUCUGAUAGCUUGUCACAUCUGUGUUUCUUGCAACAAAUUAACAACAAAACUCUGUGCACACUGGAAAAAGUGUGGAUUAUUAUAUGCCUGCUUAAAGGGAUAGUUCACCCAAAAAUG